CGAGGCCCCGCAAGGUCAGAAACCUGCUCUCCGAGGGGAAGCUGAUGCUUCGCUGAGAAGCAUCCUCUGCUGGGUCUGCCUCUGGCGUCUUCCUUGGAGCCUGCCAGAGUUCCCACCACGCCGCUGCCACGGUCUCACCCUUCACUGGGUCAGGAGCCCUGGGAAGCCAGCAACUUAGAGCAGAGCGCUUGAGUUUAAUGCGGAAAGAAGUCCAUGCGGGGAGCAAAUGAGAUUUCUCAGUAACAGCCUUCCCUGGGGACGCUGGAGCGUGGUGACAAGCCUACACUCACGCAGGUGGCAGCUUGCCUAAUGCAGGGCUGCUGGUUUGGGGGCCGGCUUGUUGCAGAGGUAGUGCAGAGGUCUCUGUUGCUUUUGAAUGGCCCUUGGGGUCCCAGGUGAGGGGGACGCUGCUGCCCUGAAAGGCUUUAUUGGUUAGUAGUAGGCAGCUCUUUGCCUUCCCUUGCCCCACUUGUGCUCUCUCUCUUGUGACUCCAGGGUUGGGGCUCUCCCCUGCCUCCAGGCACUUCCGGCAAGGCAAGAUGCUUUCCCCAGGGUUUCCUCCACACGGCUCUCUCCGGCACUGCCUGUAUUUUAAGGAGCAGCUCUUUGCCCCAGCUCACAGGAGCAGAGGGUUUUGGGUAGAGCCUCCGCUGCCUGGGAGCAGGCACCUGGGGAAGGGCUGGGCUGGUUUGUGGGCAGAUGGUCUCCCCACCCUGGGCUCUGCGGUGGGGGUGGCGGGCUGGAUGUUCUUAAUGGUCUGGAAGUCCCUGUCCCUCCAGGCUCGGGCAGCGUUUAACCCUUCCGUGUCUCUCUUUUCCCCUUCUCAGAAAUGGAAACAAACAACCAUUUUAACUUCACUGGCCUUUCCUCCGUACCUACUGCCUCAGGACUGAAACCCACGCCUUCCUCAGGGGACAGCCUAUACACGAACGGGUCUCCUAUGAACUUCCCCCCACAAGGGAAAAGUUUGAAUGGGGGUAUGAAUGUUAAUGGCUUCUCUACUGUAUCUCACACUAGUACUUCAGGGACCUUCACCUCCACCACGCAUUCCUCCAGCACGCCUCACCUCCACUCCUACGACUGUCUCUGGGACUACUCGCAGUACCAGCCUGCCAGCACUGGCAACCUCAAGGACAGCAGCCCCAUCAUCUCCCAGUUCUCCAGCCUUGGACAGUACCCGCUCAACGGCAUUAUUGGGGGCUCCCGGCAAACAUCCCCGGGGCACAACACUAACCUGAGGGGGACAGAGCAGGAGUUCUGGGGCAACGGCACCCCCAGCUCGAUGGGGCUGAACUUUGACUCGCAGGAGCUGUACGACUCCUUCCAUGACCAGAACUUCGAGCUCAUGCAGAACGGGCCAGCCAGCUUCUACGCAGCCUCCCAGCCUUCCCCCAUGCUGAGCUCCGGCAUGCAAUCCUUCUCGCUCCCCCAGUGCCCGCAGGAUGAGUCGGGCACCAGCGAGGAAGACACAGCCGCAGCCAAAGAGAUUUCCCCUGCCAUCUCGGAGAAUGGGGGCGGGCUGGUGGGCAGCAUGGAGCUGGAAGACACGCAGCCAGACUUGAAGAUAUGCAGCUACAAUGGGUCUGCUGCAGCUGUGGUGCCACUCAGCCAGGAGGCAUCUGUCUUGGCACCCGACACGGCCAGCGGCUGCCUGGGGGACGCAUCUCCUAUCACCACUCCUCUGGAAGAUGCUCACAUCCUGAGCGAAGACCCUCUGGAGCCUUUUGAGUCCCUGGCCAGAGACCCGGGGACCGGAGACCUCUACGAGAUGGAUGACUCUCAGCUGGUGAGCGACAAAUCCCCCCUGGAGGAGCCCCCUGACAUGUCCAGCCUGCACUGCUCUGCCAGCCCCUCCCUCAACAACUCCAGCUCCUUCAGCCUGCUGGCGGACGACAGCCAGCCUUCCCACUCGCUCUUCGCCAGCCCCAGCUCGCCGCCCGUCCUGGGGGAGGCUGUCUUGCAAGACAGCAGCAUAGACCUGAAUAACAGCAGUCACACAGGGCCAGAGGACUCAGAGUCCCUGGAGCUUGACCCUCCGCUGGAGCCGGAGUCCCCAGCCCCUUCUCCAGAAGAGGAAGAGGAAGAAGGUGGUGACAGCUGUCCGGAGACUUCAGCUGCGCCUGAAGGAGAGAGCGAAGAGGCAGCCCCCCUCAGUGCGUCAGCAGGUGCAGGUGAUGUCCCACGGAGGCGCAUUGCCACCCAAGAGGAGGUGCGCUUCCCCCUGCAGCACGGGUGGAGAAGAGAGGUGCGGAUCAAGAAGGGCAACCACCGCUGGCAGGGGGAGACAUGGUACUACGGGCCCUGUGGGAAGAGGAUGAAGCAGUUUCCGGAGGUGAUCAAGGUAAAAGCGCAGGGGGCCCAGGACAGAGGCCGUGCCGUGGGCUGGGACACUGCGCUGGCAGCAAGGGUGCCCCUUCUGGGAUUGAGCCUGGGUUUUUGCCUGCAGGGUCUGCAGUGGGUAAAGCUGAGCCCUGAGGAAAUCCCAUCACGCAUCCAGGCCAUCACAGGCAAGCGUGGGCGACCCCGCAACGCAGAGAAAGCCAAGCCCAAGGAGACACCCGCUGUGAAGCGUGGCCGGGGCCGGCCUCCCAAAGUCAAGAUGGUCGACUUGCUGAGCAAGACGGAUGCUCGGCUGCUGCAGAGACUGGAAGCCCAAGAGGUGCUCAGCGAGGAGGACAAGUUGAAAAUGAGCAAAAUCAAGAAGAAAAUGAGGCGGAAGGCCAAGAACAAGCAGAAGCAGGAAGCCAAAGCUCCUAAAGCAAAGGAGACCAAGAAGAAGUCCAAGACCAAGGAGAAGAAGGGCAAGACAGAGAAGGGCAAGGAAAAGGUGCGGCCCAAGGAGAAGAAGGGCAAAGCGGCUCGCAAGGUGGACAAGAGCCUGUUGGCCCAGCGGCGCCUGGAGGAGCGUCGGCGGCAGCAGCUGAUCCUGGAGGAGAUGAAGAAGCCCACAGAGGAUAUGUGCCUGGGGGACCACCAGCCCCUGCCAGCCUUCUCCCGCAUCCCAGGCCUCGUCCUGCCCAGCCGCGCCUUCUCCAACUGCCUCACCGUUGUGGAGUUCCUCCAGAGCUACGGCAAGGUCCUGGGCUUUGACCCAGCCAAGGACGUGCCCAGCCUCUGCACGCUGCAGGAGGGGCUGCUGGGUGUGGGCGACAGCGUGGGCGAAGUGCAGGACCUGCUGGUGCGGCUGCUGCAGGCUGCGCUCUAUGACCCUGGCCUGCCUCCCUACUGCCAGUCCCUGAAGAUCCUGGGAGAGAAGGUGUCGGAGAUCAGUCUGAACCGUGACACCGUUUCUGAGAUCCUGCGCUGCUUCCUCAUGGCGUAUGGGGCAGAGGAUGACCUGUGCGAUGGGCUGCGGACGAAGCCCUUCCAGGCACUGCCCCCGGACAAGAAAGCAGCCAUCCUGUCCUUCCUGGUGAACGAGCUGAACAGCAGUGCCCUCAUCAUCAACGAGAUUGACAAGACCCUGGAGAACAUGUCCAACUACAGGAAGAACAAGUGGAUCAUCGAGGGCCGGCUGCGCAGGUUGAAGAUUGCUCUGGCCAAGAAGACGGGCCGUCCCGAGUCAGAGAUCACAGGCUUGGACGAUGGGCGGAGGAGACGCAGCUCUCGCCUCACAGAGGAGAACGGCCUGGAGAUGGAGGAGGAGGAGGAGAGCCGAGGCCGGAAAUCCCGCAAGGAUGAGGAGGCUGACACUUCUGCAUCCAGUGUCCCUGAGCUGGAGAGACAGAUCGAGAAGCUAGCCAAGAGGCAGAUGUUCUUCCGUAAGAAGCUGCUCCAUUCCUCGCAGACGCUGCGGGCAUCCUCUCUGGGCCAGGACCGGUAUCGGCGGCGGUACUGGGUCCUGCCCCACCUGGGUGGGAUCUUCGUGGAGGGUACGGAAGUGGCUGAGCCAGUGCCAGAGGAGCGCACAGAGGAGAAGGUGGUUUGCCACGUCUCCCCGGUCAAGGAGGAGCCAAUGGACAUGCCCAUUCCCAACCGAACGAACUGCACGAUCUCGCGCUCCCGGGGCCGGCCACGAAAGAGCAAAGAGGAGCUGUCUCAGCACUGUGGACCCAAACCUCCUCCUGUCAACGGGGUCCUAGAGGAUUCAAUGUCCUUGGGCCAGAGCCAGCACGACCUCAGCCAGUCUGCCUUCUUGUCCUGGCUGAGCCAGACGCAGUCAUCCCUGCUGAAGGACUCUGUGCUCACCCCGGACAGCAGCCCCGGAAAGGGGGACUCGGGUCUCCCGCCUGUUGAGGCCCUGACUGAUGCUGAAGCGGAGGAGGAGAGUGCCACAGACGUUACAGAGAAACAGGGGCCCUGGCUCAACCUGCUGCCCCGGACACCCUGCGAUGACCGCGCCCCCCUUGCUACCUCUUCAGCCGAGCCCUUGCCAAGAGCCAGCUCGCAGCCCCGCAGCCAGCACCGGGGGGAGCAGCCCAAGGCCUUGGCCAGGCAGCUGAACGGCCUCCCUGCAGACGACCCCACGUCUCCCCUGCUUGCUUCCACACCGGUCCAUGCUGGCACCAGGGUCCAUGGCGCCUGCCCAAGGAGCCGGAGCAGCCUAGAGAAGCUCCAAGACCCACCAGGGCAGCCCAAACGCCGGGGGCGGCCCCCUACAAAGUUCUUCAAGCAGAUUGAACAGAAGUACUUGACCCAGCUGACGGAGCAGCCUGUUCCCCCUGAAAUGCAGAGUGGCUGGUGGUGGCUGCAGGACCCUGAAGAGCUGGAGGCAGUGGCCCGUGCACUGCACCCUCGGGGAAUCCGGGAGAAAGCUCUGCAUAAGCACCUCACCAAGCACAAGGAUUAUCUGCGGGAGGUCUGCCUGCGCACCACCACUGACCCCAUCUUCCACCUGCGCCCAGAGGCAGCCGGCACCGCUGUGUCUCAGGAAACCUUAGCCCGGUGGUCAGUGAUGGAGCGAGCCUACGAGACCGACCUCUCCAUCCUGCAGUGGGUGGAGGAGCUGGAACAGCGUGUGCUGAUGGCAGAUCUGCAGAUACGAGGCUGGACGUGUCCCAGCCCCGACUCCACACGGGAUGACCUGCAGUACUGUGAGCACAAGGUGGAGCCCCUGGAAGACAUCACCAUCAAGAACCGGCGGGAAGGACUGCCCCUGUGCCGGGAGCACACGAACCCCCUGGACCUGGCAGUUCUGCGGCUGGCAGCGCUGGAGCAGAACGUGGAGCGGCGCUAUCUGAAGGAGCCGCUCUGGCCGUUGCAUGAGGUGGUGGUAGAGAAAGCGGUGCUGAGCAACCCUGAGGAGCUGAGCCUGGGCUCCAGAGAGAUUGCGUACGAGAUCACGCCCCGAAUCCGGACAUGGCGACAGACUCUGGAGCGGUGCCGGAGCGCGGCCCAAGUCUCCCUGUGCAUCUACCAGCUGGAGAAGUCCAUUGCCUGGGAGAAGUCAGUCAACAAAGUGACUUGCCUGGUGUGCCGGCGUGGAGAUGAUGAUGAGCACCUGCUGCUGUGCGAUGGUUGUGACCGUGGCUGCCACCUCUACUGCCACCGGCCCAAGAUGACGGAGGUGCCCGAAGGCGACUGGUUCUGCUCUGUCUGCCUCUCCCAGGCGGAGGAAUAUCGGGACCCCAACUCGCCCCGGCGAGGCAAGAAGCGGAAGCGGGGGCGUCUCUUUGGGGUGGGCUUCGUGGAGGCAGACGAGAGCCCCCGGCGCCGGGCAGCCUCGCGCCGCCGCGAGGGCCUGGCAGUGCCCCGCUAUGCGGCUCCCCAUCACCUCGGCAUCCCGUCACCAUGA